UCCAAGACUACCAGGAGACAAUGACUAAAAGCCCCACUAAAAAGCACAAAAGUUGGCUCUCCUUUCCAGUGUAGUAAUACCAUUACCAUUUUUCUAGUCUUCCCUAGUUUCCGAGGUAAGUAGCAAGGGGAAAAAAUGGGAAUCUGGGACUUCAUUAAUUCCGGCAAAGAAACGGUGAAAGGAUACACACCGGAUCCGGUGAAGAAGGUCUAUAAUACUACCUAUUAUUACAGUGAUGCUGCCGUUAGAAAGAUCGACGACAUCGUUAGAGUUAACGGCAUACAGAAGCUGGGUCAGUACAUACCCGAUGAUGAAGGUCGAGCUAAGAUCGUUAGUUUCAGCACGAAAUUCGUCAAAAAUGCUUCAUUUUUUGCCGUCAAAGAAGCAGCUAACAUCUUCAUUCCUGGUGGGAAGGCAGUUACCAAAAUUUACUCCGACACAGUUCGUGAAAUGGAAACUGAGUGUCAAAAGAAACAAGACAAGUCAUGUAUCAAGGAAAACAUUGGUACUAAUUCAAGUACGAGUACCACUGUUCGUAGUGAUGCUCUGAGAUUGCUAGAUGGGGAAAAGAUGCUGGAAAGCAGAGAGCUGAAGUUAGGUUCUGAAAAUAGAGUUGAGGCUGAUUCAUUUGCACAUCAAACACCUGAAGAUGUCCUAAGAGUCUUCAUGAUGAAGGAAUUUAUGGGCACUCGUUAUCUCGACAAUUUAUUGGUUCCUGAUCAUCGACAACAGAAGAAGAAGCCGUAAUUUGCAGCAAACAUACCUGGAAUCACGAACUAAACGCAUGCAGCAGAGUUUAAUUCUAAGUAUGUAUCUGAAAUCUCAUAUGUGUUCGUGUUAAUUGCUCUGCUAGUAGUUUAUGCAUUGUAAAUAGAUCUAAAUUACCUCUAUGUUUUGUUUCCUUUGAAUUUCGCGUGAUGGGCAGCGAACUUUAUAGAUGCCUCCGCAACAUUAUGAUGGGUUUGAAUAUGCUUGUAAUUAGAUCUAAGUACCUCUUUUAUUCCUUCCCCUUGAAGUUCUCAUGGUGGGAAGCAAAUUUAUGGAUGCGUCUAUGACGGUGAUGUGAUAUGGACUAUAGUAUCACGAGUUUGAAUAUGCUUGUAAUUUAGAUUUGAGGUAUCGAUUUGUUGUGUUUCA